UCAAACCCUAAUUAAACCAUCUUUCGCUCACUCUUACCGCCGCCACCACUGACUCAGUUGCGUAGCACCGCCGGGCCCGGGUUAGUUUUGAUUCCCGUGGCCGAAGAAUGGGAGUUCCAUCGUUCUACAAAUGGCUUCUCGAAAGUUUCCCUCUCUCGGUGGUCGACGUCGUAUUCGAUCCGUCGCCGGCGCCGGACCUCACUGGAGCUAAUCCUAACGGCAUGGAGUUCGACAAUCUCUACCUCGACAUGAACGGCAUCAUCCACCCCUGUUUCCACCCCGAGGGAUUGCCUGCUCCGAAGACGUACGAGGAGGUUUUCAAAUCUGUGUUCAAGUACAUCGACAAAGUUUUCUCCGUCGUCAGACCUCGGAAGCUGUUAUACCUGGCAAUCGAUGGUGUUGCGCCUCGAGCUAAGAUGAAUCAGCAACGGACUCGCCGAUUCCGGGCUGCUAAGGAUGCGGCUGAUGAGAUGAGUUUCAUGGCUCCUCGCAAAGAGGAGAUUGGCGGGAGUGUCUCUGAAUCACAAGAAAAGUCUACUUGUUUGGAGCAGUCUAGUAAACUUGAUUCAAAUGUCAUCACACCUGGAACUGAAUUCAUGGCAUUGUUGUCUUCAGCUCUUCAUUAUUAUAUACACUUGAGAAUGAACGAGGAGCCAGGGUGGCAGGGAAUCAAGGUAAUACUUUCUGAUGCCUGUGUACCUGGUGAGGGGGAGCAUAAAAUAAUGUCUUAUAUCCGCUCGCAGCGGAAUCUGGAUGGUUUUGAUCCAAAUACGAGACAUUGUUUGUAUGGCCUGGAUGCAGAUCUUAUCAUGCUUGCACUAGCGACACACGAAAUCCAUUUUUCGAUUCUGAGAGAGGAUGUUAAAAAACCAAGUUCGUUUAAGAAAUCUGGAAGGUAUUCUUCGCAGAUAGUUCCACUACAAGUAGAAGUGGUCAGUGAGACUACGGAAGACUACAUUUCAAAGCUGAAAUUUCAGUUUCUCCAUGUUUGGAUCCUUAGAGAGUAUUUAUCAUAUGCUAUGGAAAUCCCAGACCAGAAGGAUGGAGAUUUGGAGCGUCUCAUUGAUGAUUUUGUCCUCAUUUGUUUGUUUGUGGGAAAUGACUUUCUACCUCACAUGCCUUCACUGGAAAUAUCUGAGGGGGCUAUUGAUUUGCUCAUGACAAUUUACAAAAAGGAAUUUGUAAGAAUGGGCGGUUACAUAACUAAAUCUUUUAAGGUAAAUUUGAAUAAGAUGAAGUACUUUUUAGAAGCCGUGGGAUCUCAUGAAGGUGCCAUCUUGAGAAAACGUGGGCAGAAAAAAAAGGAGAGGGAUUUCCUGGAUCGGCGUUUUUCAAAGAAUACUAGUGUUAGAACAACACCUGUUGGUGGAGAUUCAAUGAACUCCCGUGCGCUGGAGGUUCGAGCACCAAAAGGAUCCGUCUCACUUAGCACAACUACAAAAGUUGACAAGAUUAAAUACGGAGAAGUGGGUUGGAAAGAGAGAUAUUAUGCUGAAAAAUUUGAGGCUGAAACUGAGGAUGACUGUGAGAGAAUUCGGCAAGAUGUGGUGUUGAAAUAUACAGAGGGCAUUUGCUGGGUUAUGCAUUACUAUUAUGAAGGUGUAUGCUCCUGGCAAUGGUUUUAUCCUUAUCAUUAUGCUCCAUUUGCUUCAGAUUUCCAUGAUAUUGGAAAAUUGAAGAUUCAAUUCACACUUGGGCAACCCUUUAAACCAGUUGAUCAGUUGAUGGCUGUAUUACCUUCUGCAAGUGCACACGCUGCUCUUCCGUUGUUUUAUAGGAAGCUUAUGACUGAAACGUCAUCACCUUUAUUCGCUUUUUAUCCUACGGAUUUUGAGCUUGAUUUGAAUGGAAAACGGUUUUCUUGGCAAGCUAUCUGUAAACUUCCAUUCAUUGAAGAGUCCCUACUUCUUUCAGAGAUUGCAAGAGUAGAACACACAUUGACGGAUGAGGAGAGACGAAGGAACCGUUUGGGCUUGGAUGUACUUUUCGUUCACAGUUCUCAUUCUUUUUCAGAGAGUUUAGUUCUUUUCAGUCAAAGAAAUGAGUUGGUGGCUCAAGUUAAAGAGAAAAUUAACCCAAAAUUCAGUGCCGGAAUGAAUGGGUACAUGUUCAUUCCUGAUAAAACUGUGAAGCCGGAGCAAAUAGAUUCGCCAAUUGAUGGAAUGGAGAUGAUUGCAAAUAAUAAAGUCUUGUCCUUGUUCUAUGAUAAUCCUCGCUUCCUAGGGCAUAUUCCUAGACCGCCAGAGAAAGUUGCAUGGCCUAGCAAGUGUAUCUGCAAGAAAGACAUUAAACCUAAACCAUUUUUGUGGCAUGAGCAGACAGCUGUUGUUGGACGGUUACAUUCUCUAAUGCCCAUCCGCAAUUCUGUCUCUGGCUCCCAUCUUGCAAAAUCAGCUCGUCAACUUGUGUUGACGUGGUGCCUUGAAAUGCAGCAAAAGAGCACAGGAUCUCUGGAAGGCGGUGAAGGUGCAAGUGCAGAUGGAGUGUUGUGCUGUGAACAUUCGAGAACAGUUUGCCCCGGUGGUGUUGGUGCAAAUGGACCUCCAACCGUUCCAUGUACAGUAGAAGUGGCAUCUGUAGGUGAUACUGCAGGUGACAAGAGUUGCAGUAAUGGCGGUGAUGGAAUAUCAUCUGCUCGUAAAAGUAAGAAGCGAAGAUGGAAAAGCAAACAGAUCAAUGAUUGUGAAUUAAUGGCGUCACGUUCAAAUUUACAAGGAACAUCAUCUGCACAUGUCACUGGAGAUGAUAAGAGUUGCAGUAAUGGUCGAUCUGAUGGACAAGUUGUUGUCGUUCUGGAUAACAAUCAACGCAGAGAUGAAUCGACACACCAAUUGGUGGUGGAUCGGACAGAUGAUGAUAAAAGCAGCAUUUAUCGUGAACUUCGGAAGCGUAUAAAGAUGUUUAAACGAAAUAAAGGGGGUAUAGUCCCCAAUGUCAAUGUAGAUGGAUUAUCUUGCAAUAUGAAUUUGAAAAAAGGAAUUUGUGCUGAUGAGACUCCAUGUGAGAAAACCAUAGCAGCAGAUGAAUUGAGGACACAAGCUGUUGGUGUUCCAGAUAACAAUCAAGGUGGAGAUGAAUCAACACACCAAUUGCAGGAUCAAACAGCUGGUGAUAAAAGGAGCACUGAUGGUGGAUCUGGUAAGCGUAAACAGAACAAUGAUUGUGAAUUCUCUGAUCACUCUUUGGGUGCAAAUGGAAUGGUGUCACGUUCAAAUUUACAAGGAACAUCAUCUGCACAUGUCACUGGAGAUGAUAAGAGUUACAGUAAUGGUCGAUCUGAUGAACAAGCUGUUGUCGUUCCAGAUAACAAUCAACGCAGAGAUGAAUCGACACACCAUUUGGUGGUGGAUCGGACAGAUGGUGAUAAAAGCAGCAUUUAUGGUGAACUUCGGAAGCGUAUAAAGAAGUUUAAACGGAACAAAGGCAGUAUAGUCCCCAAUGUCCAUGUAGAUGGAUUAUCUUGCAAUAUGAAUUUGAAAAAAGGAAUUUGUGCUGAUGAGACUCCAUGUGAGAAAACCAUAGCAGCAGAUGAAUUGAGGACACAAGCUGUUGGUGUUCCAGAUAACAAUCAAGGUGGAGAUGAAUCAACACACCAAUUGCAGGAUCAAACAGCUGGUGAUAAAAGCAGCACUGAUGGUGGAUCUGGUAAGCGUAAACAGGACAAUGAUUGUGAAUUCUCUGAUCACUCUUUGGGUGCAAAUGGAAUGGCGUCACGUUCAAAUUUACAAGGAACAUCAUCUGAACAUGUCACUGGAGAUGAUAAGAGUUUCAGUAAUGGUCGAUUUGAUGAACAAGCUGUUGUCGUUCCGGAUAACAAUCAACGCGGAGAUGAAUCGACACACCAAUUGGUGGUGGAUCAGACAGAUGGUGAUAAAAGGAGCAUUUAUGGUGAACUUCGGAAGCGUAUAAAGAAGUCUAAACGGAGCAAAGGGAGUAUAGUCCCCAAUGUCCACAUAGAUGGAUUAUCUUGCAAUAUGAGUUUGAAAAAAGGAAUUUGUGCUGAUAAGACUCCAUGUGAGAAAACCAUAGCAGCAGAUGAAUCGAGGACACAAGCUGUUGGUGUUCCAGAUAACAAUCAAGGUGGAGAUGAAUCAACACACCAAUUGCAGGAUCAAACAGCUGGUGAUAAAAGCAGUACUGAUGGUGGAUCUGGUAAGCGUAAAACGAAACAGAGACGUAAAAAAGGCAAUAAGUUAAUUCCCAAUGAGGAUGGAGGUACAGUUGGAUUAUCUUCCAAUUUUAAUUUAGAGAAAGGAAUUUGUGCUGAGGGUCAAGGUGAGAAAACCAUAGUAGCUGAAUUAAGUAAACAAGCCGUUGGUGUUCAAGGUAAAGAGGAAUUGGCAUGCCAAUUGCUGGUGGAUCAAACAGCUGAUGAUAAAAGCAUCGUCCAUGAAGGUAAGGAUGGAAUAUCUUGCCAUGUGGAUUUGGACAAAGGAAUUUUUGCAAAGGGGGCGCAUCGUGGAAAAACCAUAGCAGCAGUUGUUACGAGAAAACAAGUUGGUGUUCCAGAUAAAAAUCAAGGUGGAGAUGAAUUGACAUACCAAUUGCAGAUCAAUCAAAAAGCUGGUGGUGAAAGCAGCAUUGAUGGUGGAUCGAGGAAACGAAAACAAGAACAAAGACAGAAGAGAGGGACUGCCAUUCCAGAUGAGUACGUGGGGCUGGAUGGAUUGGCUUGCUGUUCGAAUUUGGUAGAGACAGUUUGUGCAAGUGGGCAUGAAGGUGAUAAAAAAAAAGUUUGUGGCAAAUCAUUGGGACCGAAACAGGGACAGGAAAAACGUAAUGUUAUACCAGACAACAUUGUUGGAGGCAUAGAAUCAACAUUUUCAACUUUGAGGGAAGCCGUCUAUGCGACUCCGACUGAAACUAAAGGAAACUGAUGGAUGGCCAUGUGGGUGAAGAUGGAUUUGGCGUGCCAUUUAAACCCCAAGGAGAUGGUUCUUGUUAACGAGUCUGCAGAUGAUGAAAAUAGCCAAACUAAGAAACGGAGACGUAAGAGAGGAAAGGGCAAAGGAAAGGGAAAACUAGUUGAAGACCCUGAUAACUGCUUUACCAGCCUGGAUAAUAAUGCAGUCCGGUGCAAUUCAAAUACCAGAGACUGCGGUUCGUGCCAGUGUAACUGGAGGUGAUAAAAGUUCCUUUGAGUUGGAGGUCAUGUUUCAACAUAAAAGUCAAUUAGAAGAGAGUUCAGGACCAAAAAUUUUGUUUCACUAUAUUCCUAGUUAUGCAGCUGAAAAUUUUUGUUUUCUUGUUUUUUUUGUUUUUGUUUUUUUUUUCCUCCCUCCCCGCUAAAAUUCAGGUACUCAACAGAGGGCUGUACUUGAUAUAGUUUGUUCUGAGGGUGACUUUUAAAAAGAUGUCACCACAAGCUUUGGCUGCUUGAGUUUCUAUUUGUUUACCUCGUAAUUCAUUUUGAUUUUCAUCUACGAAUGUGCUUUGUAUUGGGGAAAGUCACCUGCUUGUACUUUAUUGAGGGUUGCCCAAUCCUUGUGCUUAUUCUUGUUUUGGUUAUGGAAACAUUCUAGUUAUAUUUGUUGUUU